CAUACGCACACAAGCAUGCACAGGCAUAGAAAGCACACAAAGAGAUAGAGAGAGAGAGAGAGAGAGAAGGAGAGAGAGAGACUGUGCUUUUCCCCUACACUCCGGGAGCAGAGCGGACUAGCAGGGGCAGUCGGCACAAGGCAGGCUCUGCAGCAAAGAGGGGUCACUGCAGGACAGAUGACACGACGGGAAACACAAUGGCCCGCUGACUAUAUGAGAAAUGGAGAAAGAAACUGGCAUCACAGACUACUCCACACCCAACCCAAAUGAGGAUUUAAAAUGUCACAGCCAUAUGUCUAAAAUACCAGGGGUUACAGAAGCCAGAAUACAGUUAUGAUUAUAUGGCAUCCAGGUUAGGCAGAUAAUUCAACAGCAGCUUUUAUAUUACAUUCAAAUAAAAGAAAAUAACAGAUGACAGUAUCUACUGUUAAAAUGGACCACCCAUUUGCAGAAAACAGGAUGCCAGCACAGAAUCCUUAGAGAAGUCAAUGGCACCAUGGUGAAUGUGGCCCUCGCAGUGAUCCUGUGCCUGCUGAUCGCUCUGACUGUGGGGGGUAAUGUCCUGGUGUGUCUGGCUGUGUGCGUGUCCCGUCGUCUCCGCUGCCUCACAAACUGCUUCAUCGUUUCCUUGGCGAUAACAGACCUCUUACUGGGGGUCCUGGUCCUCCCCUUCUCUGCCCUCCUCCAGCUCAACAACGACUGGCCUCUGGGUCCCGUCUUCUGUAACUUCUACAUAUCCAUGGAUGUAAUGCUUUGUACAGCCUCUAUUCUAACAUUAUUGGCCAUCAGUGUUGACAGGUACCUUGCUGUAACCAUGCCUCUUAGAUAUACCUCUAUGGUUUUACCCUGGAAAGUAGCAGUAGCAAUGAUAACAGUUUGGACAGUGUCUGUAGCUGUAUCUUUUUUGCCCAUCCAAAUGGGCUGGAACACUGUGAACGGGACAGUGCAAAAUCAAGGCCCAUAUGCAUCGGAGAGGAGAUGUCGAUUUGAGCUCAACCGGCCGUACGUCCUCACUGAUUCUCUUCUCACUUUUUACCUUCCUCUUAUAGCAAUGUGCUGGACUUAUCUGAAAAUACUGCGCAUAGCUCGAGCACAGGCCAAGCGCAUCACCAGCUCUCGGCCCACCUGCGUAACCACAUACAACCGCAAAAACUCCUCCACUGUUACCCAUGUGGUCUCCAACGUGACAGCAAUAACACUCCGAGAGCACAAAGCCACGGUGACACUGGCAGCAGUCAUAGGGGCAUUUGUGAUCUGCUGGUUGCCAUAUUUUAUCAUGUUCACAGUUUUAGGUCUAAAGGAGCACCCUGACCCCAACACAGUGCCAGAAUACCCCAUAGUGCUGUGGCUGGGUUAUGCCAACUCCGCCCUGAACCCUUUUCUAUAUGGAGCGUUGAACAGAGACUUCAGGUCAGCAUACUCACACAUACUCAGGUGUAGAUGGCCCUUCAGUGGGUGGAGGAGCAGACAGCCAUCGCCCAUUAUGACCGGAGCCAGAGAUAACCUUACAGAGGUGACACUAUUGUGUGGACACAUGCCCAACACAUGCAGGGCAGGACUCACAGACCAGAGCUUCAGUCUUCAAGAAAUACACAGCGGGGCAGCUCCAACCACAGCUGUACAACUGACAAAUGGCACCACACCCACAGACGUCAAUGGAAAUGACAGCCCAGGUCAUGCUGAGCGUAAACUAUGACAGGGGAAGAAUUGUCAAGAUGAAGCUGUCUCGAAGACAAGGUACAACUGGUUAACCAAGACACCAGCUAAAAUGGACAGCGUCUAGUUUUUACAGACGUUAACUUUGCUUCAGUGUCCUUUGUGUCAAUGUGUAGCUCUGAACAAACAAUGUGUGACACCAGCUCAAGCCCCAGAUGAAGCCAUAUGGCCAAAUGUGUUUUCUGCCAAAAGUCCUGCUUCUUGUUUCAGUCAUUACCAUCGGCAGACUGUAGAUGCAUGUGAAUAUAACUGGUGUAAGAUGAAACCAUGUUAACUGCUACAGAAAUGCCACUUGGACUUUUACAUAAACAAGAUUAGGUUCUGUUUCAGAAAUAGAAAAUUGUAUUGCCAUAGUAUUUUCUGUGUAAAGGCAAAUUUAUCCAUUUAUACCAUAAUCUGCAACUUCCUAUAGGCUAUGGUAUAAAUGAAUUCAGUUGCUAAAUAAAGCAAAUAAAUGGAAAUAAAACUUAAUUUAAGAGUACAAUUUCAUUUAAGUCAUAUUUAGUAAAAUGUUUACAAAUAAACUUUUUUUUUUGAAGACCACAAUGCACUAUAAUGUUUCUGACUAUAAUUAAUAAUUUGACAUUUUAAGUCCAUUACCACAAUCUGAAUUUGUUGUACAACUGCAGUUUUUCCUGCAUUUCCUGAUGUGAAUGUACAAACCCAUAAAUGCUCCAUGCAAAUCUAUCAUGUCUCAGCAUUUGAAAACAUAUAAUAAAGAAAAAAAAAUCCAAGUA